AUAAUAUAAUUUUAUUGUAGAAUAAUUUUACUAUAAAAUAAUGUGAUAAUAUGUAGAAUAUGAUAAUUUGUGGAAUUUGUUGAUUUACGUGGUAUUUUGGCCCCAAUUGUGUUUUAAAUUAGCAUGUAAAAUUCUAAUGCAAAAUGUCUUAAUAUUUAAUUUUAUUAUUGUUUUAUAUAUUUUCAAGUCAAACGCGACUUAUCGCAAUAAAAAUUUUAUCAGAAGGUUCAAACCAGAUUCACAAUUUUUACCUUAUUUAUACAUUACCAAUUCACACACUAUUGCCAAUUCUCACAGUAUUUCUAAUUUUCAAACUAUUUCUAAUUCUCACACUAUUUCCAAUUUUCAAAAUAUUCCCACUUUCAACAAUAUUUCCAGUGUAAAAAUAGAUAAAUUUGACAUAUUAAGGGGUGUAAAAAAUGUGAAGUUUGGAGUCAGAACGUUCACUGUGUUAACGGCGCUGAAUCCUGAGAAUGCCGAGUUACACCCUGCGGUUUUAAGUCCCGUGGAGUCCAAAUUAACACCCGAAGAACUUGAAAAUCUUAAAAAAAAAGGCCUCAUUGAUGGCAACACAAACACCUGGAGGAACUGGCACAUCAUCUCCAAAGGGGAAUGGCCUGACAUUGGCCCUAGGGUACUCCCGGGAAUGGAAAAAAACCUUAAAAUCACCGAGCCCUACGCUCUCAGAAAACCUCUCAAAUACUGGGGAUUCAUGCGAGGAAUCGAGAGUAACGUGUUAUCGUAUCCUAUAUUGUAUGAGUAUUAUAAGGACAUGGGUAAUAUUCCUGUGCAUGAGCAUGGUGGGAAUAACCCUUUGUUUAACCCGCUUUUGUUCCAGCCCACUUACACUAUGGAAAAGGACCGGUGCGGUCUAUUCUACGACGACGCACGGCUAUUCGAAGGAUGGAUCAACGCAAACCACGAUACACCAACCAAAGUCAAAGAAGCAUCCGAUCUCAUCAGGAUACCCGAUACAGGAAGGUUGUAUCAGAAGUUUUACAUGGGUCCGUACCCGGUGACGAUGGGUUGGACCAUAGGUUCACUUUUGAAGGUUAUGACUCAGUCCCGGUGCCCAGGCCACGCCGUCGUCGCUGUUAAAAUACAUAAUAUGAACAAGGACACUACUGUUAACGGCGUCGCCGAUGACCUUCUUAACAUCGCACUCAACCUUAAAAUGGUUUCGUUACAGACGUUGGAGUAUGGAAAGGAGGCUAGGGUGAGAACGGUGAUUAAGGGUCCGGCAAUGUUAUGUGCCGGUGCAUUAGAAUGGCCCUCAUUUGUUAAGCUUUGUAAUCCUGAGUGUUACAUCACUAAGCUAGAAGAAGGCGCUGAACUCGAUCUUGAAAUUAAAAUCGAAUGGGGACGAGGCUUCUGGAUGGCCGAUUCCAAAGGAUUGUAUAGACUUGAGGAGGGAGCAAAUUCAUUAUGUCACAAGCGACGAGACAUAAAAGAAGUUAAGGAGGAAGGGUUUUAUCCCACCAGUUGUGUCUUUGGCGGGUGCAGAAUGAUACGACUUGCCGUACAUAAACUCAUGGGACAACGAUGGUGCUCACUAACGUAUACGUGUCCUGAUCCUAUGGACCAGUUGGUGGUUGAAAUUUGGACGGACGUGUCAACUACUCCGAAACACGUGUUAGAGUUCGGAUUAUCUGAGGUUAUCGCAUGGCUUACCGAGUUUAAACGCCAAGUUUCACACGAUGUCGACUUCGAACACGAAGACGAACAACUCAAAGAUAUAUGGGAAAAGAUUGAUAAGUAUGGUUCUAUGAAGCAUAGACAGGAGCUGAUGGGUGGUCCACCGGUAGUUCCUCUGCAUGAGACUGAUGCCAUACCUAACCUGAGACAAGAAGAUUGUCAAUAUGUAAACCCAGGGGAUCAUACCAAAAUACCACAAGCGAACUUCUCACUUCCCAAUUCAGGACCACACAGUCCUGAAUUGGACAGUUUGCAGUGGUUGGCGGAAGAGCUUCAGGCUGAGGAGUACAACGAAAAGUCUGAGAUAAACGCCAAGAACUUUGAGAAGUUUAUACCCAAACCCGUAGAGGACACCUUUGAAAAUAAAGAUAUUGAUCUUUUACCAGUUAAUUCUGACAUCAUUUCCUCACUCAGAAUGUCUGGAUUCAAUGUGAUGGCUGAUUUAAUGGAUUACUCAGUGGAGGAACUAUCGCAUUUCCCAAACUUAUCAAUUGAAUCUGCCAAAAUCAUUAAAAACUUUCUAACCGAACAUAAAUCAUCUUCAUAAAAUCAUAUACUAUCA